CUCAAUCACAGUAUAGUUUGGUUUGACAACUAUAUAAUUUUCUCAGAUGCAUCAAAACUAUCUACCAGCAUGCCUUUCCUGGGACUUGCCAAUAGCGUUGAUCAGAAACAACAGAGAAAUGAUAGAGGUAAUAGUUAAACACGCAUCGCGGGCACAGGGAAACUGCCGGGAACGGCCAAUCCAAACACGUGAAGCACCAACUUGCUAAGGUCUCAUGGAAUAUCUAGGCAAGACUCUGAAAAUUGUAACUAUACCAUCCAUUAUCCUCGGUCUAGGGAUGGCCUUGAAGAGGUCUCAGCAACUGAUUUCGGAUCCUCGGCUGGAUGUCACGAUAUACUCCGACUCGACGUAUGUAGUGGUUCUCGAUAGCCGGCUCAAGGAGAAGGGAGAUGUGCAAUAUGUAUGGUUUCAAAGAGAGGAGAAUCAGUAUGCUGACAAGCUGUGCAAUGACUUGAUGAACACUAUAUAUUUUGUUGAAAGGCUGUGCAAUAGCCUGAAGAACGCGAGGUGUGAUGUGCAAAGCUCCUCUUUCGAUGACAGCUAGCAGACAGCCUGGAAGUCUGUGUCUAGGAAUAAACUUCAAAAAGUGUUUCAUUUAUGUUCCGAGCAAAUUGAAUCUAUGUGAUUGGUAGUAGACUGAAUCACUUCAAGGCUUCAUGACCUUACCUCUUAACGAAACAUGUCGCAUCUUUUGGUAAAGCAACCAAAAAAAGAUAUUGUCGACACGAAGAGGGGACGGAGUGAGUGUCAGGUGUAUAUUUCCCUGACAAAAUCCGGUGUAUACUUACGGAAGGAUUU